AUGACCGACCUCGUCCGCAUCCUCCCCUCCUUCCCGGUCGCCCCCUUCGCCGCGCUCCUCGCCACCAUCGAGCAGCACGCCCUGACCACCACGGACCUCCUCGCCCUCCACCCGGCCGACAUUGCCAAGCAGACGCACCUGUCGCUGCUCGACCUCAAGCGCCUCAUUGCAGCCGUCCAGGCCUCGUUGUCCGACGACCUCGUUCCGGAGAAGCUCCUCCUCGAGGCCUCGCCGCCGCCAAACCCUGCCUCGUCGGCAGCCGACACCACCCCGGAAGACACGCGCCCCCCCCGCCCCACGGCCACGACCCGGGACGUGUCGGCCGUCGCCUUCAUCAGCACGCUCGACCAUGGCCUCGACGCCGCGCUGGGGGGCGGCGUGCCCGUUGGCUGCAUCACCGAGUUCGCCGGCGAGAGCGGCGCCGGCAAGACGCAGCUGCUGCUCUCGCUCUGCCUCGCCGUGCAGCUGCCGCCCCCGCGCGGGCCCCGCAAGCAGGCCGUCUACAUCUCCACCGAGUCGGGCCUCGCCACGCAGCGCCUCAAGCAGAUGAUGGCCUCCAACCCCGUCCUGGCCGCCGUCGACGACCCGCCUUCGCUCGACAACAUCUUCAUCACCCUCACGCCCGACCUCGAGUCCCAGGAACACAUCCUCGAGUACCAGGUGCCCGUCCUGCUGUCGAGGCAUCGCAUCGGCUUGCUCGUCAUCGACUCCGUGGCGGCAAACUACCGCGCCGAGUUUGAGCGCCGCGGCUCCCACGGCUCUAACAUGGCCGCUCGGAGCGCCGAGCUCGUACGCCUGGGGUCUCUGCUACGAGACCUCGCGCGGAGACACGGCAUUGCCGUCGUUGUGGCCAACCAAGUCGCCGACCGCUUCUCCCUACCCCCCGCGAUCCGCAGUAUCCCACCUCGAGGCAUCCCGGCCGGCACCCAGGAGACACCAUUGGCCUCGCGGAGCGCUGGUCCCGCGACCUCCCUCGCGAGCACGCCCUCAUCCCCCUCACCCUUCCCCCCCUUCCCGGAAGACGUCCCCCCCGCGCCGCCGGCUCUUCGUCUCGACCACCAGCAACGCUGGUUCACCGGCUGGGGCGACGACCCGCACGCCUCCGACCCCCCCAAGACGCCGAGCCUGGGCCUGGUCUGGUCCACCCAGAUCGCAUGCCGUGUUGCGCUGCUCAAGCGACCCGUCUACGGGCGACCCCGGAGGAUCGCCGCGCCCCUCGACGCCGAUGACGACGACGUGGAUGCCGCGGCGCCCACUCUCAAGUCCUGGAGGAGGUGGAUGAAGGUGGUGUUUGCGCCGCACGUCGGUGCUUCCGGGCAAGGCGUGGAUGGUUCCACCGAGUUCGAGGUCACUACGGGAGGGCUCACGGCCGUCAAAGCAAAGACCGCCAAGUCUAGCUAG